ACGUCGCUCUUUUAUUCAGUAUUACGGUAAAACUGGUAGACACGCCUUUAUUCUCGCUUUCAGCUUGGAUAGGUCGCCCCCUGUCACGUGACCCGGGACAGCAGGAAAAAGACUCGGGCGCAGAAGGAAGGGAUCAUUUGCAGCCGUCAGGAUGCAAAGCACCACUAACUACCUGUGGCUCAUCUCUGAUCUUCUUGGUCAGGGAGCAACGGCAAACGUUUACCGCGGACGCCACAAGAAAACAGGGGACCUUUACGCUGUCAAAGUCUUUAACAACCUCAGUUUUUUGCGGCCACUUGAUGUCCAGAUGAGAGAAUUUGAGGUUCUGAAGAAACUAAACCACAAGAACAUCGUCAAACUCUUCGCUGUGGAGGAAGAGUCCAACACUCGUCACAAGGUGCUGGUGAUGGAGUACUGUCCCUGUGGAAGCCUCUACACUGUGCUGGAGGAGUCGUCCAACGCUUACGGACUCCCAGAGGACGAGUUCCUCAUCGUCCUCCAUGACGUCGUGGCAGGUAUGAACCACCUGAGGGAGUACGGCAUCGUCCAUCGGGACAUUAAGCCAGGGAACAUCAUGAGGGUGAUUGGAGAGGACGGACGCUCCGUCUACAAGCUGACAGACUUUGGAGCAGCGAGAGAGUUGGAGGACGACGAGCAGUUUGUGUCUCUGUACGGCACUGAGGAAUAUCUGCAUCCCGACAUGUACGAGCGCGCCGUGCUCAGGAAGGACCACCAGAAGAAAUACGGCGCCACCGUGGAUCUGUGGAGCAUCGGGGUCACGUUUUACCACGCCGCCACCGGCAGCCUCCCCUUCAGACCGUUCGAGGGCCCGCGCAGGAACAAAGAAGUCAUGUAUAAAAUCAUCACAGAGAAGCCGUCCGGCACGAUCUCGGGGCAUCAGAAGUGUGAGAACGGGAAGAUCGAGUGGAGCACAGAGAUGCCGGUGUCCUGCAGUUUGUCCAAGGGUCUCCAGAGCCUGCUGACUCCGGUACUCGCCAACAUUCUGGAGGCCGAUCAGGAGAAGUGCUGGGGCUUCGACCAGUUCUUCGCAGAGACUAACGACAUCCUGCACCGGACUGUGGUCUACGUGUUCAGUCUGCAGCAGGCGACGCUGCACCACGUCUACAUCCACGAGUACAACACGGCGGCGCUGUUCCAGGAGCUGCUGUCCCGCAGGACCAGCAUCCCUUUACACAACCAGGAGCUGCUUUACGAGGGCCGCCGCCUCAUGCUGGACCCUAACCGCCAGGCCAUGACCUUCCCCAAGACCUCCAGGGACAAUCCCAUCAUGCUGGUCAGCCGCGAGUCUGUGGCCACUGUCGGCCUCAUCUUUGAAGACCCCAGUCCUCCCAAAGUUCAGCCUCGAUACGAUCUCGACCUGGACGCCAGCUACGCUAAGACAUUCGCAGGCGACGUUGGACAUUUAUGGAAAACCUCAGAGUCUCUGCUGGUUUAUCAAGAGCUCGUACGAAAAGGGGUGCGAGGGUUAAUUGAGCUGAUGAAAGAGGACUACAGCGAGAUACAGCACAAGAAGCUGGAGGUCUUCCAUCUGUGUAACUACUGCACACAGAUCCUGGAGAAGACCGAGCAGAUGUUUGAGGUGUUGGUGCAGGCCAACCUGCUGUCGACCGAGUACGACGAGAUCUCAGACAUGCACAAAAAGGUCCUGAAGAUCUCCAACUCUUUGGAGCCCAUCGAGCGAACAACGCAGGACAUCAAGGCCAAGUUCCUCCCCGGAGGCCCGCUGACCGAGGGCUGGACUCAGCAGGUGGGGACACACCCCGAGGACAGGAACGUGGAGAAGAUCAAAGUGUUGCUGGACGCAAUCACGGCCAUUUACCAACAGUUUAAGAAAGACAAAGCAGAGAGACGUCUCCCCUACAACGAGGAACAGAUCCACAAGUUUGACAAGCAGAAGCUGGUCCUCCACGCCAGUAAAGCCAGAACCCUGUUCACGGAGGAGUGUGCCAUGAAGUAUCGCCUCUUCAUCUCCAAGAGCGAGGAGUGGAUGAGGAAGGUUCAUCACGUGAGGAAGCAGCUGGUCACGCUGUCCGGACAGCUGAUCAGCAUCGAGAAGGACCUGACGGUGCUGAUGGAGCGAGCCAUUAAGCUGCAGGAACAGCUGCCUCAGAAGGUUCUGCCCCUGGUGUCCAGCGGGAUGAAGCCUCAGGCCUACCUGAGCCAGAACACCUUGGUGGAGAUGACGCUGGGGAUGAAGAAGCUGAAGGAGGAGAUGGAAGGCGUUGUCAAGGAGCUGGCGGAGAACAACCAUUUCCUAGAGAGAUUUGGCACCUUGACCCUGGACGGAGGCCUACGAGGCUGAGGCUGUCCCCUCAGCCAAUAUGUUCCCCUUAUGGUGUAAAUACUGUGGGACUGUCAGCUGGUCACUAACGUACUGUUACUCUCAACUGCAUCAACAUUUCAAGCUGGCAAUCAAUGAAGGAGCGCGUCUGUAAAAUCUUCCUGUCACAAACAUUUUAAGGUUAUUUUACCUAAUCUGAAAUAUUUGUGGUUAAGGGAAUUUUUAUUCACAAUAUUUAUUUGAAAUAUCAGCAAAGUUGGAACAAGUGUAUGGAAAUGUACACUUGUACAGUACAGUUCAGUUCAAGUUAAUUCAUUUUUUUAGGGGAAAAAGGAUCUAAUCUUUAAAGUCCCGACUUUAUUCUGAUUUAAGAUCCCUGAAUUAAACGACGUACCUUCGUGUGACUGGGCAUUUUAAGGGCUUUUCAAGUUAAAGGACUUGAUGGAAUGUUAAUUAGCUGAAUAUUGGGCUUGAAAAAAUUGGAUUAUUCCUACACAUGAUUUGUACCUUUUCAAUCUAAGUCAAAUCCCACAAUUCACCAGAAACUGUAAAAAGCCAUCUCUGCAUUUAACUUAACUUCAUGUUUACUUGAAGGGAUUUUACUUAAAUUGUGCAGAUAAUCCAUGUUCAUUUGCAUUACACGUUCAUUGUUUACCACAUGAAUCCAUUACUUUUGUUACUCUUUGAUUCAUGUUUAGUUCUGUUUGUCUUUAGUUGCUUCAUCUACUCUUGUAAAUAAAUGAAUGCUGAGGCUGGA